AUGUCGAAAAAUGAAAAAAUGAAUAAACUAAGGAGCUAGCUUAAAGGCACAAUCAAGAAAGUAAAUUAUCCAAUGAUUUCAGAUAGGGCUGAAGUUGUAGAGAAGGAUCGAGAGUAUUAAAUUUAUUAUAUCCCUGGAAAUUUUAGCUCAUUUUUCGAAGAACUAGAUAUAUUAGGAGAAGGAUGUGUUGGUUUAGUUAAAAAAGUGAAGAGAAUAUCAGAUGGUGAGCUCUUUGCCUGUAAAAUGGUGAAAUUAAAAGAUGAAGAAACUGUUUUACAGGUUAUAAGAGAAUUUAAGAAUAUAAAGAAGCUUAAUCACCCUAAUAUUGUACGAGUUUAUGAGCUUUACGUUGAUGAAAUUAAGAGAAGAAUCUAUACUAUAAUGGAAUUAGUAGAAGCAAGCGAAAUGUUUGAAGUAAUUAGAAAGUUAGGAUCUUAUUCUGAAGAAAUAGCCUCACGAAUUUUCAAAUAAAUUCUCUCAUGCAUACGCUAUAUGCAUGAAUCAUGUGUAUGCCAUAGAGAUCUGAAGCCUAAUAACAUUCUCUCUACAGAAGAUGGACAAUGUGUUAAAAUAACCGACUUCAAUAUUUCGAAAUUUGGGUCUACUACAAAAAAGGAUAAGUUUUUUAACAAGAAUGUUAAAAUGUGGACUUAUACAGGUACUGUUUCCUUCUCUGCUCCAGAAGUUUUUAGUGAAGACGAGUAUGACUAAUCAGUAGAUAUAUGGAGUGCGGGUGUAGUACUUUAUACUAUGCUAAGUGGCUAGGAACCAUUUUAGGCUGAGUAUUUGUAGGACUUAAUUGCAAAAAUACAAAAUGCAGAUUAUCAAUUUUAAAGCCAUAUUUGGUCAGCAAUAAGUGACGAAGCGAAAGAUCUUAUUUAAAAAUGUUUAAUUUUAAAUCCUAAAGAGAGAAUUACUCCAGAUUAAGCGCUUCUCCAUCCUUGGAUAACUGGAAAAUAAAAUACUUCACCUCUAGCUCUUAUAAUAUUUAAUAACUUUGAAAAUAACGCAAGAAGACUAUCUAAAAAGGUUCAUGCCUAUCAAAAACUAGGUUUAAUAAAACCUGUAAGCAGAAAAAUAUCAAUAGACUAUAGCAUCUUGCAAAGGACUAACCAUCACAGUGAAUAGGAAUUCUCAUAAGAAAGUCCUUAUUCUCUAGGCCACAUAAUUUUAAGAAAAGAUAGUGGAAACUCAAAAUAAUCUACUUCCUCAUAGAAUAGAAAUUACUCUUCGUUUUAUGAGGCAUGUUUAAAAACAGAGUAGUGCAAAGAAGAAUCACUACCAGCUGAGUUAUUGAAUAUUUAAUAAGUUGAAUCUCCCACCAAUGAUAAUAAUAAUUCUCCUCCUAAAAUAACUAUCUCUCCACUUAAAGAACAAAAAAGCAAUCAAUCAGUAUUUUUUAAACAAAGCAUAACCCCUCAUAUAUGCUUUUCAGACUAAGUAAUAAACCGCCAUCAAAAAUCCUAAACUUUUUCUGAAGAAAUUAUCAACAAUGAAUCUUAAAAUAAUACAAAGAUAAAAAGAAUUCAAAGUCUUUAUGUUGAUGAGAAAAAUAUUAAUAAUUAAUAAUAAGAAGAAGAGGAAAAGGGAAAUGAUUUAUAAGAAUCCUACAGCUCGAAAAAAUUGUAAGCUGAUCCAUAAUUUUCUAGAUUUGCUAGGUCUUAAAAAACUCACAAAACUUUAAUUCUACACGAUAGAUACAAACUAAAUGAAGAAGAAUAAUUUUUAUUAUCUUAAAAUUAAUUUUCUGAAUAAUUUAUUAGCACAAAUACUCUAACAUAAAUUAAUCAAAUUUAAAAUUUUUAAACAAGUUAUAGCACAAAUUUAAAUCAACAAACUAACCCAUCUCUAAUAUUUAUUGGUGAGUCUUUAGCAUAAAAAACUUAAUAAGAUGAAGGUGUAAUAGAAGAAGAUCCUAUCGUAAAUUUAUAAAAGCUUCAAGUAAAACCAGAUUAAAAUAGAAAAAAAGUAAGACAUUUUACAGUUAACGAUUAAGUAAAAUGCUACCAAUACCCUAAGUGA